AUGGAGGUAGCGAUGCUGUCUGAUUUUCGCCUCGAUCCACGAAACGAGUUCGAAGAAGAUCACCUACUGUCUAGUCAGUCGACAAUCACCGAACCUUCGCCUGCGACGACACCUCGCCCUCGUGUGCUGAAGCCUAGGCCGGCGAGUACGGGGUCGAGCCAAACGACCACCACAGAACCGUCCACUGCGUUUUCACCUGUACCCGCCGUCUUGGGCGACCGGGUGGCUGGGUUUGAGCCCGUUGUGGGAACGCACACUCCCCAGGCCACCAGUAGCUCGCAAGCUUCGACUGUGGAAACUCCGUGGACUCCGAAGGGAACUCACGCCCACGAGCUGCGCCAGUUGGGCAUCGACCCAAAGAAGGUCCCCUACUGGUUCGUGGAAUGCUAUGAAUCGGAUGGAUACGACACCGACGCGCUGGUGGUGCUGGCGAGAACUGCGCCUCUGUCCCCGGGCGAGUCCACCACCUCCUCUCCUGGUUUCGAGUUAGUUGGGGACACGAAUGUGCACUCCGCACGAGACGAGUGGGUUCUGGACAAGUGGCCACUCGGCUUUAUGUUUCUGGAGUCGACGGCGACUGCGGCAACGCGCUUAAUGAGAGCAAAGCGCUGGCAAUUAGCCGCAAUACUCGAACGGGAAUGCGAGGGAUCACUGCAACUGCAGCAAUCCCUGCGGACAAGGGCAACGGGUAACAAGCACGCCGCCAUCGACACAGUUCACGCCGGAGGGAAGGUUCGACUGAUGAAUCACUCGUGCAAGCCAGCAGCUCGGUUCCACGAGGUGCAGACCGGCCGUCACCUGAGCGUAGUGGCGGUUACAGUGAGAGACGUGUACCUGCACCGUGACAUCCAGCAUCUCAACGACAUGCCUCGUCAGUAA